CUCCUGUCCACAGGCGUGCAUGUCACUUCGAUCAGCGUUGCGGUCCGGGCAGGCGGUCUGGCUCAGCGAGAGAGACGAUGUGGAAGGUUGUGUUUGCCUUGACCCUCCUGGGCGGGGCUUGUGUUCGGCCUGGCAGUGCGAAGGAGCCCAAGGGGCACGUGUCCGUGGUGGUGGUGGGAGCCACGGGCGACCUGGCCAGGAAGUACCUGUGGCAGGGCUUCUUCCAGCUCUACGCCGACCAGGUCAGCAGUGGCCACAGCUUCUCCUUCUACGGCGGGGCCCUGUCCGACGCAGAGACGGCCAGACCAGUGCUGUUCGAGAUCCUGCAGGGCCUGGCGUGCCCCCAGGGUCUAUCUCAGGACCGCUGUGCUAUCAUCAGGGACCAGUUCCUGAAGCUGGCCGAGUAUCGGAGGCUGAAGACGGCAGAGGACUAUGCGGCCCUCUCGAGGGAGAUGGGACAGCGGCCGACACAGGAGGGUCUGGUCGAGGCCGGCCGUCUCUUCUACCUGUCUGUGCCCGCGUUCGCGUACGCCGACGUCGCUGACAAAAUCAACAGCACCUGCCGGCCUCCCCAAGGAGCGUGGCUGAGGGUGGUGCUAGAGAAGCCUUUCGGCCACGACCUGGACAGCGCGCAGGUCCUCGCCGCACAGCUGGAGAAGUCCCUGAAGGAGGAGGAGAUGUACAGGAUUGACCACUAUCUAGGGAAGCAGGUGGUCUCCCAGAUUUUGCCAUUCCGGAAGGAAAACAGGAUGUUCCUGGAUCCCAUCUGGAACAGACACCAUAUCGACAGAAUAGAAAUUGUGCUGAAGGAAACCCUAGAUGCGAAAGGCCGCACCCAGUUUUACGACCAGUAUGGGGUCAUCCGGGACGUUGUGCAGAACCACCUGACCGAGGUCCUGGUGCUGCUCACCAUGGGCGUCCCGGCCAACAGGACCAGCAGCCAAGAGGGCCUGAGCAACAAGAUGGCCGCCUUCGGCGCUCUGCAGCAGCUGGGGAGGAGCAGCGCCGUCAUUGGCCAGUACGAGGCCUACAGCAGGGAGGUGCAGGAGGAGCUGAACAAGACCAAAGACCACGUCAGCCUCACGCCAACCUUCGCCGGUGUUAUGGUGCACAUGGACAAUUCCCAGUUUGACGGCGUUCCCAUCUUCCUGAUUUCGGGGAAGAUGCUGGAUGAGCGUGUGGGCUAUGCCCGUGUCCUCUUCAAGAACAAGGUCUUCUGUGUCCAGAGCCCGGAUGACGCACACUGCAAGCCACGGCAGAUCGUCUUUUACUUUGGGCACGGCGACCUCAAGUACCCGGCCAUCCUGGUCAGCAAGAACCUGUUCCGGCCAGCUGGAGUGGCCCAGGGCUGGAAGGAGGUGAUGGAGCAUGAAGACCUCAGGCUGUUCGGCCUGGCCCUGUCAGACUACCACAUCCACACCCCCGUGGCACAGAGGGACGCCUACCACCUGCUCAUCGCCCAGAUCUUCCAGGGCCGGAAGGACAGCUUCAUCAGCACGGAGACGCUCCUGGCCUCCUGGGGCUUCUGGACCCCGCUGCUCGCCGCCCUGUCCCACCAGCCGCCCCGCCUGUACCCAGGGGGCGCCGCCAACGGCAAUAUGCUGGACCUGCAGGCGCAGGGGCGGGAGCUGGCCUUCGUCAGCGAGGCCGUGGUUAUCCCGCAGGGGGGGCCGGGGGCGGCCGAGAGCUUCCAGGUGAUGCAGGGAAAGUUCCGGAGCUCGGACAUGGUGUCGGCCUGGGCGGAGGAGCUCGUCAACCGGCUGGCCGCGGACCUGCAGGCGGCGGCCGAGGAGGCGGUGAGGGAGGGCGGGCAGUUCCACCUGGCCCUGUCGGGCGGCUCCAGCCCGCUGGCGCUCUUCCAGCGGCUGGCCCAGCACCACUACGCCUUCCCCUGGCGCCACACCCACGUGUGGACGGUGGACGAGCGCUGCGUGCCCCUGACGGAGCCCGGCUCCAACUUCCGCUCGCUGCACGACCACCUUCUGCAGCACGUGCGGCUGCCCUACUUCAACGCCCACCCCAUGCCCGUGCAGCUCAACCAGCGGCUGUGUGUGGAGGAGGACGGGGGCCCGCUGGUCUACGAGAGGGACAUCGCCCGGCUGGUCAACGCCUCCAGCUUCCACUUCGUCCUGCUGGGGGUGGGCUUCGACGGGCACACCGCAUCGCUGUUCCAGGACACCCCGUUGGAGGCCCACGGGGACAGACUUGUGGCCCUGACGGAGAGCCCGGUCAAACCCCACCAGCGCAUGAGCCUCACCCUAAACGCCAUCAAUCGGGCGCAGAGGGUGGGCGUGCUGGUGAUGGGCAAGGGCAAGCACGAUCUGGUCACCCAGCUGAGCCGGGUGAAGGACGACCCAAAGAGGAGGUACCCCAUCACCGGGGUCCGGCCCACUGCAGGGAAGCUGGUGUGGUACCUUGACUAUGAUGCUCUCCUCGGCUAAAAAACCUGUCCUUUGGGCACAACCUCACCUAUCACUGUGAUACAGUUUUGACCAAACAACACCUGAAAGUUUUUUUUGUUCACCUUUGUUUCAUCUUUCUAUGAGACUUAAUUUACUUUGGUUGCCUUUAAUGCAUUGGGCUCAACAUUGUUUAUUGUACAAAGUUAAUUCAGUCCAUUUGAUUAUGGACUUCUCAAAGGCACAAAAUAUGCAGGUCUAUUUGUAUUUCUCUGUGACUACUUCAACUGUGUGUGUGUGUGUUUCUGUCUGUCUUUGUCUGUCUGUACGUGCACGUGUGCUUUCAGUUUAGUGCAGUCCAAAGGUGUGGCUGGUAAUGAAAGGGAAUGAAAGACACACAUUUCAUAAAGAGGGGAUUCAGUAAAGUAGCCAUUCUGCCUUGAGCUUCCAGUUAAUUGUUUCCUUGGUGGCAUGAUGCCAGGGUGAUUAUACAAACACCACAUUGAUGACAUUGCCUAUCUGGUUCUUUGAAUUUUGAAAAAAUCUGAAUUUGAAAGGUUUGAGGGGUUGCUGGAAAUUUUGUAGGGAUGAAUUAUUAUUAUUAUUAUAUAUUUGCACAUGAUUUUAUAUGAAUGGAUUUCGAUCGCCACACACUGUGAAACUUCAUUUUACUGCCGCGAAGGCAUUCAAAAUGGUGCGCUUUGUAUCACCCAGUAGGACAAGGAAUAUUACAAUUAUGAAACUUGCCACUUAAGUCUAUUUUAUGAUUCUCUUGUCAGAAUGAUUUGGGGUUUAGAGUCCCUUGCACUAUAAGCAGGAUAGGAUGCCAGCUCUGUGCUCUGUUGUGUGCAGUGAUUUGCUUUUUGCAGGUGCAGAGGCCAGGCGCCUCAAAAGUAAUUUUCUCUUUCUGUGUGAGCAUGAUGCUUCAGAAGCAGGUUCAGCCCCUCCAUAGCUAUGACCUAAAGUGCCUUUCUAGAUGAAGGGGCAGCCACAGUCAGUCUGUCUGCAGAUCAGACACCCACUUCAUUGAGAUUUAGCUUUUGCAUUUCAGAUGUGCGGUCUGGGUCCAGGAGAAGAUUAAGAUUUAUUUUUGCUGCUCACACAUAUUUAUUUAAGUCUUAAAAAGCCUUUAUAGGAAAAUUGGUAUUUAGUUUUCAUUUGAUGUAAUUAUUUAUUAUUUACACUGUUUACAGUCACUGAUUGCUCUCAAAUCCAGAUUGAAAUUGGGUCCUCGUUAUCUUUGUAUUGCUGUCUAAAUACUGCCAUAAAGUGAUUUCAGAAGCCUGUGAGCUGAAUUCAUCUGAACAUAUCUGCCUGCUUUUCUUUGACUUUUGCUUGUCAAAUUUGAAUCUGCAAUAAAUGACACCUUUUAUGAACAUGUUAAA